CGACCAUGCUGGCACGACCACGUCGGCGGCGAUCCUGGACUCCGUCGUGAACUACUUCGAGUUGGUCAUUCUGGAGAAGAAGCUGCAGCAGUUGGAAGCUCUUUGGAAAAGAGUGCAAGCCGAGACGAGCACAACAACUCACCUAGGAGAACUACCGCCAUCCCCUGUCGGUCAGGUGUCAUCCUUGGCCGCUCCCGUGCUCGGCCUGGCUGUGCAGAGGAAGCAAGCCGUCCUCCUGGACGACAUUCGUGACAAGCUGGAGACCGUGAGAACGUUCAGCUCGAAGCAGUUCCC